AUGGCGGACAUCCUCAUCCAACCAGCUGUACCUUCUCUUUUUACCCAUACUGAAUCGGCAUCAAAUCUUAUCGUUGAUUCGCCAACAGCAGAUUCUAAUAAUAAUACAACAAUUCAUCAUAGUCGUACAUUAGCAAAUAAUAAUAAUCAUGACAACAGUAACAAUUCAAAUACUACUAAUAAAUAUAUCGGUCAUGUGAGUAGAUUACGUAGUGUAUUUACUCAAUAUGCUUUAACAUUGAAUGAUUUAAAACCUGGAGAACAUCGAUCUCGUUAUUGUAAUCAUCAUCAAGAUCUUACAUCACCAACACGUGGUAUAGCUGACGGUGCUGAUGAAAAUUCAUUAUCACCACCAAUACCAUUAUUACCAUUAGCAACAACAUCAUCAUCAACAAUUAUUGAACGUAGUCGAAGUUUAUCAAAUCCACGUAUACUUGAUAUUAAUAAAUCAAAUAUGAAUGCAAUGCGUAAUGGUAUGUCAUCAUUAACAAUGAAUGAAAAUUCAUCUACAACAAUAACAACAACAAUAAAUAAUAAUAAUUCAAAUGAAGAUCAUACAAUGCGUUUUCGUAAAGCACGAGAAAUGUUUCAAACAUUAGAAGAAGAAGCAGCACGUACGACAAUUUCAUUAACAACAGCAACAAAACCAAUAAGACAAAAUGAACAAUACAUUGAUGAAACAUAUCAACCAGAUUUUAUGCAUGAUAAACAAAAAAUAAUUAUACCACAAAUAAAUACAGAACAUAUACCUGAUCUUAUUAUUGAUCAUCGACAACAACAACUGCAACAAAUUGAACAUUUAUCAAAAAAUCUCGAUUCUAAUACAAAUCGUAUUCGUGAAAUCCCAGUACAAUUUAUUGGUGCAUCAUCUUCAUCUUCACCUACACAUUCUGAUCGAUCAUUUAUAACAAUUCCAGUUCAUCGAACUGUACUACCAUCAUUACCAUCGACUUCUUUAAUUAUAAAUGAUGAUGUUCAUUAUGCUAUGGUUAAUCGAAAACAAAUAAAUUCUGAUCAACAUUAUGAUUUUCCAGCUGAUGCUAUUGAACAAUUAAAAAAACAUCAACGUGAUGAAAAUGAUUCAAUAAAUAAUAUAUCAAAACCAUCAAAUGAAGAAAUAGCUAAUCGUAUUGUUGCAUCUAUUUUACCAUCAAAUAUUCUUAAACGUAUGGAUCAUCUUAAUACAAUAUUUAUUAAACCAACAGCAAUUGAUCGUUCAUUACCAAAAUUAUCAUUUCAAGAAAAUGAUACACAACAAUUAUCAUCAAUAAAUGAUGAAGAAAAACAUGAAAAUAAUCAUUUUAUUCAAGAUCAACAACAACAACAACAGCAACAAGAUGAUGAUGAUGAUGAUGAUGAUGAACAAAAAUGGAUUGAAAAUCCAAUGCUAAAUAAUCCUGAUUAUGUUCAUCCUAGUAGUACAUCAUCAUCACCAAUCUUUUAUGAAAAGCCAGGUAUACCAGAAAUGAAUGAUGAUAAUAAUGAUGAUCUAACAUUAUCACCAAAUGGAACUAGACGUGUUAAAUUUAGUAAUGCACCAAUUCGAGUAUAUCCAACAUAUUCACCAAGUGAAUAUAAUAGACGAAAUGAUGAAAUUGAUCCUUUUUCAGCAUCAGCUGAAUAUGAAUUAGAAAAACGAAUCGAGAAAAUGCAUGUUUUCAAUGUUGAAAUUGAAAAAGGACCUGAUGGUCUUGGAAUAAGUGUUUUGGGAAUGGGUGUUGGUGCUGAUAGUGGCUUAGAAAAAUUGGGUAUAUUUGUUAAAUCACUUAAUCCUCAAGGUGUUAUUGCCCUAGAUGGACGAAUACAAAUAGGUGAUCAAAUAAUUGAAGUCGAUGAUCAUUCACUUGUUGGUGUAACACAUACAUAUGCUACAAAUGUACUUAAAGCAACAUCAGGUUUAGUUCGAUUUGUAAUUGGUCGUGAAAAAGAUGUUGAAAAUUCUGAAAUUCUUCGUCUUAUUCAACAAUCAUUACAAAUGGAUCAAGAACGUAAUGAAAUGUCAAGAGCAUUACAACAUCAUCAUGAUACAUAUAAUGAUCGACAUUUAAAUGACGAUGGUUUUUCAAAUUUAGAAUUAAAUGAUAAUAUUGAUCAAGAUAAACUUGAUGAAAAUAUUAUAACAACAAAUCAUCAUCAUGAAUUAGCUAAAGCACAUGAAAAGAAUUAUGAACAAAUAUGGUCCAUGACCGACAAACAACCUAAAGAAGAAUCUCAUCAAUUAUAUGAAUUUGAAAUACUUAAACAACGUUAUGAAUCAUUAGAAAAAACUUUAGCAAAUAUUGAAAAAGAAAAAGAAUAUUAUCAACAAAUCUAUGAACAAACGAAAAAAGAUUUCGAACAUAUUGAAGAAAAAUAUUUAAAAGCUAAAAAAUUAAUUAAAGAAUUGCAAGAUCGUGAAACAGAAUUACGAGAACAACAAACUCAACAAGUAGACAAAACUGAACAACAACAAAAACGAAUUUUGGAAUUAAUAAAAAAAAUUGAAGAACUUGAAAAAGCUAUGGCUAAUUCAAUGAUAAAUCCUGAACGAAUCAUAGAUAAUAGUUCAUGUUUAACACGUAGUACUAAAUUACCAAGUACAAGUAGCGAAUCUGUUAUAAUACGUCCACCCGAUAUACCUGAACGUAUACCGAUUCGAUCGCGUACAAGUUCUGGUCAACAUUUAAUAGCUCCUGAACGUCCACCAAGUCGAAAUACAUCAGGAACAUCGUCAGUUCGACUACCUUCAACAUCAUUAGAAAAAAUCUCAAACAAUUAUAAUAAUAAUAAUAAUAAUACAAAUAAUAAAUUAAAUAAUCAACUUGAUUUUGAAGUUGAUCGUAGUCCAAUACUUAAUCAUAGUAUACAAAUGGAUAAAAGUCAAAUAGCUAAGACACGUCCAAGGAAUUUACCAUCAAAACGUUUAUCGAAUCCAUUACUUGAUGAAGCUUCGAAUCAGCAAAAUGAUGAUGUUGAAAUUAAAAAUUCAAAUUCAAAAAUUCCAUCAAUAGAACAACAAACUACAAAUCCUUCAAUAAACAAUAAAAAUAAUAAUGUUGUUACUGAUGAAUUUGUUGAAGUAAAAGAUUGGACAUCCGAUCAAUGUAUUCAAUGGUUAACAUCUCAAGAAAUGGCAUCAUUUAUUCCAAUAUUUCUUAGUCGAAAUAUUGAUGGUGAAAAACUUUUAUUACUUGAUAGCGCCAAAAUGAAGGCUAUGGGUAUAAAAUCAAGUAAAGAUCGUGAUCAUUUAAAAAUGAAAUUAAAAGAACUUAAACAUGCUGAUUUGGAUCGAAUUCGUGAACGACUUCUAGCUCAACAACCAACAUCAUUCCAACAUCCAGCUCAUAGUGGAAAUCGAUUACGUUCAUCAAGUAUGACAAAAUUAAAAGAACGAAGAUUAUUUGGUGGUAGUGGUGGAAAAUAA